UUCAAUAAAACUUUACAUUUCCAGUGUUUACAUUGGCCUGCAGCAACGAUUUUUGUUGUGUAUAACCCUACAAUAUGUGUAUUCAUGUUUGCGAUGAUAAACGGACAGCUGGUCACCCUAUUGAUAUCAAUUGUUUUAACUUACACACAACUGACUCCAUUAGUACAGCCUGGCUAAUAUAGCCUACACUACAGCUCCCAGAAGUCCACACCAUCACUGCUGCGUCGACACCUCUCGAAGCAACUGAAGUAGCCUACCUGAUGGAAACGGAGUGUGCUGCUAAUGGUUUCGGAAUUAUUAUUGUUUGCGACAAAAAGCUUUCUUUGCGCUUUUUUAUUGUUACUAUCAAUUGAUAAUUUAAUUUAGAUAGCACCGUAAUGUCAGAACUGAAACCUUGCAAAGUCUGUAACUACACUCGUCAAAAAUCGUAUGGUUUAGUGGUCCCUUCUUUGAGUCAACUAAAAGAGAAAGGCGUCGAGUCUUUGGGCUUCGACCCCGCCACCCCUGUCACAGUGGUGCUGGAGGACGACGGGACGAUCGUGGCGGACGAGGCCUACUUCCUGUGCUUACCCACGCACACCAAAUUUAUGCUUCUGCACGAGAGAGAGCGGUGGGCCCCCAUAGCCAAAAUUGACGGAGGUACGGCAUGGCUGACCCGAGAAUCUCGCGUGCUGGAGGGUGACAUGGUGGACAGUGCCUUCAGCAGCAUGGAAGCUUGGCGCGAAACGGCUAGCAAGCUAAAGCAGGACCUGGCCAGCAUCAUACUACUCUCUGAGGCUGAACUUCAGAGCCUGGUGGAUGUCCCCGGGCCUGAGCUGGCGAAGGCGCUGGGCUUCAGGGAGGGAAAGGCCCUGAAGCUCCAGGACACCCUGCAGAGGGUGCUGGACCGCCGGGAGGAGGAGCGGCAGUCCAAGGAGCUGCUCCAGCUCUACCUGAAGGCCGCGGAGAAGGACAACAGCCGGACACCCAGCCAGGAGGGUGAGGAGGAGCCCAGCCAGGAGGGAGAGGACAGCACUGUGGAGACGGACGGGAUGGUGGGGGCCCCCUCCUGCAUGUUCAGUCCCAGGACUCUGAUGGUCCUGAAGGGGAAGACCAGCCCCGAAACCCGCCUCUCAAACGAGGAGCUCCAGAUGGUGGUGAAGGAGGGCGUCUCCUCCAUGGGGCCGGUGCUGCGCUGGGACUCAGAGAGGACGUCCGCCCUGCUGCAGGCGUGUGAGGAGGAGCUGGAGGCGCGGCUGGGGAAGGUGAGCGCCCUGCGCUCCCUCAGCGCCCAGUCCCAGCAGCCCGGCGCCAAGGCCAGCGGCGACAACCACCCCGGGGAGGAGAUCGAAGCCAAGCGCCUAAAAGCCCCCACCCCCCCUGCUCAAACCUCCACACCAUCCCAGACCUCUCCGGCCGUCAAACCGCCCCCCGCUCCCGACGCACAGAGCGGCCCUUAAUUCUCAUUCUGGAGAACACAAGCCCGACAGGCUCGUCUGUCUGUCCUUCCCAAAGUGCACGUCUGCGCGUCGUCUAUGUGAAAUGCAUCCAACUGAAUAACGACAGUAUUCCACAAAAUGCCUAGAAAUUGUAUAAAAGUGCAAAGAAUGAUUUAUUAUCAAGAGAAACCAAAAGGAAUGUGCAGCUUGUGAAUGGUAAAAAGCACACACCUAUCCAUCCUCCGUGCUCAAAAAAAAAAAAAGGUACGACUUUCUUAUUUUAAGUAGAGCAUUAAAAUGAAUAAAGCCAAAAGAUUCUUCACACAGUGAUGCUCAGUAUCAGUGUGUAUCACUGUGUAAUAUGGAAACACAAAAAGCUACAUGAUCAGAUUUGGAGGCUUGAUGAAGCACUGAACAUCGCGAUCACGGUUCGCGGUUCAGAAUUACAGAAGGUAAUCUUGAGCGUGUCAGCAAGGCCAUUUACACGCCUGGCCUAGCCUGGCGUCAGGAGCUGGCAUUUAUUGACAUUUCUAUUACUCUGUUUUUCUUUGGGGAAAACUGCAUACCUUACAACUCUAUGAAGUGUCAACCACCCCUGCUAGUCCUGUCAGUUUAAAAAAAAGUUACAGACCAAUUCCUCUGCCAUAGAGUAGCUUUCUGCGAUUGAAAAAAAUAGCCAAAGUGAUCAAAUGUUCGAUACAAAUCAAGCCCAUUUCACCGGUGAUAAAUUGCUUCAUUUUGUUUCAUAAAUGGAGACCUUUUGAUGGCCACUGUCAUGGUUGUUUUUAGUGGAGUGUUGACAUGCUGCAGUUAACGCUAUCUAUCCUGCAGUAGUCCAUCUGGCUUGUAGCGCAGAAAUGAGCAGCUGGCACACUGACGUGUAUGAGAGGCUUGCACCGUAUUCAGCCACAGUAUUCCCAAUGUGGCAAUGGGUUCUGCUGAUGCAAUAGCAGAGUAUAUUUAACAAUUCCAAAUGGGUAGAAAAAUGAGUGCGACCUUUCAUGGUGAGAUUUCAGUCUGAAAUGUAAAAUAAAAUGAAAAAUAAAUUUUAAAAAUUGGUGCUUCAAAAUGACACUUUUUCCACCCAUUGACCCCAACUUAGCCCACUCACGCUCAUGAAACUUUAUUGGACGUUAAUGCGAAUGCGAAUAUGUUGAGGAUGAUUUAGGUUUUAUAUUGUAUCGCCCAUGCUCAUUUACCUGAGGGAAUGCUAAAUAUACAUCUCAUUAUUCAACGUUUCUAUCAUGUUGGUUUUGGUACGCGUGUUUGUAUGUCAUGUUGAAAGACUCGCUCGGCUCGUUUUACGUGCAUGCAUGUGUCUGUUCUUUACGCUCGCUCCAUGUGUCAUUGACCAAGCGAAGAGCUCAGCUAAUCUGAAAAGGGACCAAUGUGCAUUGAGUUGCAUUCUGCUUUUAUACAGUAAAUGUAAGAAAAUAAUAAAAAAUGUGAACCACCUA